UAUCACCAGCACCUAGGAAGACAGUCAAAUCCCAUCCCGGUACCACGUUCGAAUUAGUAGGCAUUCGCCAGGCCGCCAGGCUACUACGACGUCUGGUAGGCGCGAGUGAUCGGUCCUUCCGCACGGAUUUACCGAAACACCCCCAAAACGGCAACCCGUCGUCGUCGUGGUGCUGCCGGGGCCCCGCCGUUAGCCGCGAGAGAUCGCGAGAAGGGAGCUUGGGGAGAUCGGCGGGAGGAUCGGCCUGUUCGUACGCGACCAGCACCGGCCCCUGGUACGCCGCUUGCUGGCGGCCCAGUGAGAUGGAAGAGAAGUCCUCUGCCCGAUUCUCCGAAUAUCUGUUCGCCAAGAUGGGCGGGCAGGACGUCUCGGCCUCUCAGGGUCCCCGCAAGGUGACCGCCGACACCAGAAAGUGGAUGCGAGAGAACCUGCUGCUCCUGGUCACCCUAUCCGGCGUACUCUUUGGCAUGAUUCUCGGGUUUGGCUUGCGACCUCUGGACCUUGGGGACGACGCGGUGAUGCUAAUCAGUUAUCCGGGAGAGCUUUUCAUGAGAUUGUUAAAGCUAAUGAUUUUACCUCUGGUAAUCGCUAGCCUCAUAUCAGGUUCAGCGAGCUUAAACGCCAGGAUGAACGGGAUGAUCGCCGUUCGGACUUUGGUAUACUUCAUACUGACGUCCUUGCUCAACGCCGUGCUCGGCGUGGCCCUAGUCCUCCUUAUUCAUCCCGGUAAUCCCGGCAUCAGGGAAUCGAUCGGCCCUUCGCAUCACGCGAGAGCCGUUAACAUAUUAGACAGCCUGCUCGACCUGGGAAGGAACAUGUUUCCGGACAAUUUGUUUCAAGCAGCUUUCCAACAAGCGCACACGGUGUACGUCCCGAAAAAGCAACCUUUCCAAAACGUUACCGACCAGUUACCAACGGCAGUCCUGGGAGACGAGGAAUUGAUAAGAGUGGUACAGUACAGAAGCGGCACGAAUACUCUGGGUAUAGUUUUCUUCUGCCUGGUCUUCGGUACGUUCUUGGGAACGCUCGGUGAGAAAGGUCAGGUCGUCAUAGACUUCUUUAAGGCUGUGUUCGAGGUCAUCAUGCGAAUGGUCUCGACCGUCAUGUGGAUGACACCAAUCGGCAUCACCUCCGUAAUAGCGGGCAAAAUACUCGGCGUGGAUGACCUGGUGCUGGUGAUGUCGCAGCUGGCGUGGUUCAUCGUCACGAUCGCGAUCGGUGUCUUUUUCUAUCAGCUGGUGAUCAUGCAGCUGAUAUAUGCGGCCUUCGUUAGAAAGAACCCCUUUAAAUUCUACGCCGGCCUGGCCCAGGGUACCCUCACCGCCUUCGCCAUGGCAUCAACGGCUGCUGCACUUCCUGUGACUUUUCGUCUGAUGACCGAGAAGCUCAGAGUCGACCCUAGAGUCACCAGAUUCGUUCUGCCGAUCGGUUGCAAUAUCAACAUGGAUGGUACCGCACUCUUCGUCGCCGUCGCCAGCAUAUUCAUCGCCCAGAUGAACGGUAUCUACCUGGGCUUCGGAGAGAUCAUCACAGUUAUUCUGACGUCCACCGCUGCUUCCGUCUCGUCGGCCUCGGUACCAAGCGCUGCGCUCGUCCUGCUGUUGGUCGUCCUAAGCGCCAUUGAUGCUCCUGUUAAUGACGUUUCUCUUCUAUUCGCGAUCGACUGGUUUGUGGAUCGGAUAAGGACCACCAAUAACAUGCUAGGAGAUUGUUACGCCGCUGCAGUUGUCGAACAGCUCUCGAAAAAGGAACUGAUGGCACUGGACGCAGCAGCUUACCAAUCGGAGACUGUGCUGCCAACCACUAUCGCCAAUGGAUGUCUUACCGCUAACAGGGUACCUGAUCCUGACACCGUCGUCGUUGAGAUGCAAGACGACGCGCGGAUAACGGGGAUCGCCAAGUAAACACGCUUGUUGCUUCGGAAUAAUGCACAUGUCGAGAAGUGUGACGGAAGAGACCGUUUGACUAACGGUUAGCCCCGCGAAAUAAUUUAAAGAGUCGCAGAAUCUUAUUAGCAAGCAAAUCGACUAUGCCGUCUGUUUGAAUUGUUCAACGAGGAUCAAAAACGUACUCUGCGCCAAAGGCGUGUUCAGUUCCUCUAUUUCUCAUUGUUUUAAACAAUCCUCGAAGUUUCAUAGAGAUCUUCCGCAAGGAGUUCUACACCAACGAGACAAGGGGGUUCUCGCGAAAAACAUGGUCGCCAAUGAAGACACGAAGAUAUAUUCAGCAGUCAAUAAGAAUGGAGCACGUGUUUUUAUGUGAUGCAGGCACAGCAAUAAGAAUGAAUUGAUAGACGUACACUGAAAUUACGAAUCGAGGCUUCCAAAGACUCGAGGACAGCGCAUUUUAUCGCCACGACGGUAAUAAUUACGCUCGAUGUUGUACAGGCAAAAAGUCGGGAUUAUAAGUCGUUCAACGACCCCCGGAGGGAUCAGGCUGGAUUAGUAAGACGUUAAUCCGAUUGACCGACUCACAUUCGAAUAAACGACAGAUGACGAUCGUAGAUUAAAGACUCGCCCCUAGCGAAACCCCGGAGGUGGAUCAAUUCGAUCGUCCACCUCCGUCAAGAAUCUGGCGAUCGUUUCUACGAUCGAUCGUGUAAACAGCGUCGAAUGUGGUGCCUUAUUUCGAUAUGCGCCAACCAGGCAGGCGCGAUGAAAGUAAAAUGUCGCCUGAGUUCUCUUUUCUUUUUCGGGUGUAUAGCGCGCGUUCGUCGCGCGUAAGUGUAGAUGCCGAUUCCAAAUACCUGACGCUUCUCGAUGUGACUUAGAACAUCCUGGCUCCGAAUCCGGGGAUUGAGCAUUGACUGUCAUUAGUGACGCGACGAAUAUAGCUAUUCUAUCGGAGACAAAGAAAUUUUUUACGGUAUUGGGGGGGGGGGAGGGAGCUUGAUGUGAUAACUGUGUUAUAGGUAGCUAUGUGCAUACUACACAUAUCUAGGAUAAAACAAAUACGUUUUAAUUGCCCUACAAUGUUAUUACUAGAAUACAGUUUAGAAUACUACACUUUAAAGACACCGCUCGUUUCGCGUAUCGCGGGUCAAUCACGUCACUGAUCACAAUUCGAAUCAAGGGAGGGGGGAGGAGAGAAAUUAAGAAAAGUACACAACACAAUAUAUACGUAUACUACGUGUCCAGCGGAGAUUAAUACAAAUUCCACGCUGAAGAUACAGCAAAGAAGACUUACAAGCGGGUAGAACUUUAAAUAGAUUUUAAAAGUCAUAUCGAUCUAUAACUAUCGGACCAUUUAAUUGACGGAAACUGGUGUAUAGAACCUUCCUAUGUGUUCUGCUUUUGAAAGACGAGUGUUUUUGCGAGAGAGUGCUUGUCGAGACAGAAGUCGAAACCCUGGACGUGUAUUUCGUUUAAAAUCGGAGAUAACGCUUUAUACUCAUUUCAGCGAGCUAUCUCCAAUUUCCAAAAAGAAAAUUUCUCUUUCACAAACUGGGAACAAAAGAUAUUUGAAUCUUUCAAUAUAACGUUGAUUUCUAUUAAUUACAAUUACGUCCAAGAUUCUAUCUCGUUGCACUCUUCUUCGAUUAGUGCUCCCUGCCGUAGAAUAUAACGUACCUUCCAAUAUAAUGUUGUCCAGACCGUAGCUUAGAAUAAACAAGUUCGUGUUUUUCAACCGUACGUGGAAGAUCAUACUAAUUCUUCUAUGAAUGACAAAGAAAACGGAACAUUUAAAUCGCGCAGCUCAUUGUGAGCGCCAACAAGACUGGAUAUACCAUAUGAUAAUACCGUUUUUUGCUAGACGUAAUAAUGGGUAAACGAUUCCUACAUGGUUUCGCUAAUACUAGGCACUAGAUAGGUAUUAGGUCGAUACGUGUUUUAUCGUAGAGACUGUUUAAAUGUACAAACUGUUCGAGUACAUAUAUAGUAUUAUUAUUUUUUGGGAUUAUUAAUGUUUAUUUAUUCAUAUCAAUUUUACAGCGCGUUAGAAAUUAAUUUCUUUGGAAUAAAUAAUAUCAUUUUGUGCACGCAUUUAUUGCGAGAGGAUCAAUUUCUGUUGUUAAAAAUGAGCCAACUAAAAAGUAAAUGCAAAAUCGGAUUCUUUUAAUUUGAAUAUUCAAAGCAAGCAUUCCGUAAAGAUACUUAGAAAUUAAACAUUGUAAAUGGUAUUUAAUAUAUUUUGCCAUAAACAUCGAAAUGGCAUAUCAAAAUGGUUAACGAAAAUAAAUAAUAGAGGGGGAUUAUAAAGUAGAUUGGAAUUUAUAAAAAUAGAAAAGCUUGCUAAUUAUAAUUAAUAAAUUAUUUUCUUUUUAGUUUAAUUAUGAUAUGUUAAUUUUGUUAAUUACAAUUAUUUCAUUUCGUUUAAAAUAUCUCGUUCUUUCAAGUGAUAUAUCGGGUGCUCCUGUUACUCGGCGCGUUUUAUGCUCAAGCAUUGAAAGAUGAGGGAUACUACGUAGUGUGGCUACGGGAGUAAAACGAGCGGAGGAAACAUGGAAUAAACUUAUCAAAAUAAUCCGAAGAAUACGUGUAUACUUGUAAGGCUCAACGUGUUGUAUAACAAAAAGCGAAUUUAUACGUGGAAACAUU